ACUGUUGUAGGACUGCAGUGGAAAACCUAUACUUUCACUUCGUUCCAACUACACCUGUUUAGCACCAUGUCAUCCUGCUGUCAAGCUACAGACCACUGGAAGAGAGCACAAGGCAAUGAAUGGCUGUAUCCUACACUGAUUCUGUGUGCCUUUGGAUUUUUCACCAUGAUGAGGCCAGCAGAUUCAUUUUUUGUGGCUUAUCUGGCUGGAUCUGACAAAAACAUUACUGUUCAGCAGGUGAUGAAUGAAAUACUGCCAGUAUGGACAUACUCUUGCUUGGUAAUGUUAAUUCCCACCUUCUUGCUUACAGAUUAUUUAAGAUAUAAACCUAUUGUAGUUCUUCAUGGUUUUGUGUUAAUUAUUCAAGGCAUAAUAUUGAUUUUUGGCCAAGGGGUUUUGCUCAUGAAAUUUGCGCUCUUUUUCUAUGGGCUGGUGGUUGCCACCCGUAUUGCUUAUUAUUCAUAUAUCUACAGUGUUGUUAGUUCUGAGCACUAUCAGAAAGUGACUGGCUACUGUCAAAGUGUCACAUUGUUCGGACACACCUUCGGUUCAACUCUGGGACAAGUUUUAAUCUCUGCUGGGAAUGUCUCGUACUUGUGCCUAAAUGUGAUUGCACUGGCUUCUGUAUCAGUGGCCUUCCUGACUUCCAUGCUGUUGCCAAUGCCCAAGAGAAGCAUGAUUUUCCACAGGGAACAAGUGGCUGAAAACAACCAACUCCCAUCGGCAACUGAUGGUCGCCAGCCAAAGUGUGGAAACGUUAGUCCCCAAGACAAUCCGGAUACAACCACCACCCAGUUACAAGCAGUGUUGGAUGCUAAGGUGCCUAAUUCGACCGUUAAUGGAUUGGCGAAGGUGAUAGAUCAUAGCAACACUUUGAAUGUAUUCCACCAACUGUGGUUUGAUUUGAAAGAAUGCUACUCGUCUCCACGACUACUCUGCUGGUGCACUUGGUGGGCUUUGGCCUCGGCUGGCUUUAACCAAGUUAUGAGUUAUGUGCAGGUGCUCUGGGAUCACAUUGAGCCAACAUGGAAUGUUACAGUGUACAAUGGUGGUGCUGAAACCGUGGCUACCCUCAUGGGUGCCAUUUGCUCCUUUGCCAUUGGGCAUAUGAAGCUAGACUGGCCAGUCUGGUCUGAACUGGCACUCGUCAUCUUGUCAGUGGUGAACAGCGGAGUUUUAUAUGCCAUGGCUUUAACAAAAGAAAUUUGGGUCUGUUAUGCAUGUUAUAGCAUACUCAAGAGCUCUUACAUGCUACUGAUCACCAUAGCAAUGUUUCAGAUUGCAGUUAACCUUAAGGGACACUAUGCACUCAUAUUUGGAGUAAACACCACUGCGACCCUGAUACUUCAAACCCUCCUGACCACUGUUGUGGUUGAUUCAAGAGGCCUUGGUUUGGACAUUAUUACUCAGUUUCUUGUUUACGCAACUUACUUUGCUGUAAUAGCUGGACUUUUCCUCGUCAGAGGAGUCUACACCUUUGUUCAAACUGGAUGGAAAGGAAAGACGCAAAUGCGUUCGGGGAUCAAUGAAAAUACCUCACCGUCCAGAAAUGAUAUCGACAUUCCAGUAGAGCUCUGAAGAGUGUCUGUUAUCUCCCACCCCACAUACACCAGUCAUUUACACCCUUUGUUUUAAUUUUCACCCAUUGUAAAAUAUGCUGCAGUGGACAGGAGAGCAGCAAAUUAAUUAGAGUGGAAGGAAAAAAAAACUUGCUUAUUUUGGGAAAUCAAUGCAAGUUGAGGAUCAUGGAUUCAUCUGCCUCCAUCCAGCUCUUGGUAGUCAUGGUGCUUAUAUGAAUGAGGGAUGGUUAGACACUCUUGUUGGACAAUGAGCACUGAUUGGGAGAGUGACUUGCUGCUGUUCACCUCACACACCUUGCUGGAUGUGGUCUCAUUCAAUUGCAUAAGAAGUCAUCGAUGAAGUAGUUGGUUCUAAGAUGCUCUGACCCACUUCUUGGAGUUUUGGACCAAAAUAAACAACCUCCAACAUCUCUUCCUUACGCGAGGUAUGGAUGGCUUUCAUCCCCAUUCGCUCCAACUUUAUAGAGUCUAAAAUCAUGCAGCACAGAAACAGGCCCUUCAGCCCAUCAUGUCUAUGCUGACCAUCAAGUGCCCAUCUAUAAUAAUCCCACUUUUUCUCUUGCAACCCCAUCAACUACUCUUUCCCUGAUACUCCCAUCAUCCACCUACAUUAGGGGCAAUUUACAGAAGCCAAUUAAUAUACCAAUUGGUGGGCUGAAGGGCCUGUUUCUGUGCUGCAUGUUUUUUUAGAUGCUAUAGUUGGAGUAACAUUUCUCACCCACCAAUUUGUCCAAUUAGCUCUCUACCAGACUAUACCCAAUCACAGUAAAUUAAUGGAAGCAGAGUCAUCAGUAGUUCUGUCAAAUAGCACUUAACUCAAGAAAAACCUGAACAGAUUCUCGGUAGGAUUCAGUCGGGACCACAGGUGAAUAUGGAUGGGAAUCCAGAGGUAAAGUGAUUGUGGCUGCCUUUAAUAUUAAGGCAAUACUAGGUCAACUGUGGCACCAAGGCACAGUGGCCCAGCAGUUAGCGCUGCACAGCUUCUGCCACCUAGGUUCAAUCCUGCCCUUUGGUGCUGUCUGUGUGGAGUUUACAUGUCCUUCUUGUGACCAUGUGGCUUUCCUCUGGUUUCCUUCCAUGUGCCAGAGUAGUAAGUUUUGGAAGUUGUGAAAGUAAACUAAAGAGUUGUAUAACUAGAAGAGUUGUGAAACCAAAGAGUUAAUGAGUCUUUUUUGAAAGUACAUAGUGAAUCUUUGAGCUGCCUGAAUCAAUCGUGAUUAAUAAAAUAUAGUUGUUAGGCAAAGGCAUUAUGAGGUGUGUUUUAUCAUGUGCUGUAUUCCCAAUAUGA